AUGAACGACGAUUUUGAAAAAAUUAAAGAAUUGAUGAAGGACUCUAUGAGUUCUAUCUUCAAUGUCACCAGUGAUUCAUUCACAGAAUUCAAACAAAUUAUGGAUAACGAUAAAAUCUUUUCCUUUGACUAUUUCUUUGAGGAUGGGAGACCAGUAUCUACAGGAUUGAAAAGUCACAAACCUAGUGUUAGAAAGUACAAUGAAUGUUUGGAUAAGAAAGGUUUGAGUGUAUGGGACUCCAAAGGUUAUUGGAGAUGUUUGUUUCCUCAAGCCAUUAUUCCCAAGGGUGUAAAUGGUGUAUUAACUAAAGAAGUGUUUGAAGAUCUGAUCCGUGAUAAGUCUUAUGAUGGAAAAUAUGAUUUGGGUGAAAAGGGGAUUUAUUUCAAGAAUUUUGAGGAUCUUAUGAAUUGGAAGGCUAGUAUGUUCAAGGUUGCUAAAGAGCAAAGACCUCAAAUAGUUUGGGACGAGAAGUUCAAUCAAUGGAACGACAGAUGUAAGAAAUGGACUAACAAGAUGAAUGAAAAAUUGGAGCAGGUGAGCCUUGAAAAGGAUAAGCGUGUUGAAAAGUAUGUUGACAAAUAUACUGAUAAGUAUGGUGAUAACAAUGUUGGCAAUGUCAAGACUGACGUAGUACCCAUUCCCGAAGGUAAAACUGUGGUUUCUACCGAUAUCCAAACCAUUUGGAUCAAUGACGACAAGGAGUCAAGUUAUAAAGAAACCAGAACAGAAUAUUAUUCUGAUGGUACCUCCAAGACCAAUACCAUUUCAAGAACAUCACCUCCUGAAAAGAAAGGAUGGUUCUGGAAUUAA